AGAAAAAGAAACCCUAGCUGCUACUACUUCAAGAAAAGGAAACCUAAGCUAAGAGAUCUGUAAAAAAAACAUAAAAAAUGCCCGCUGGUCAUGGGGUGCGCUCUCGAACAAGGGAUCUGUUUGCCAGACCCUUCAGAAAGAAGGGUUACAUUCCUUUGUCCACUUACCUCACGACGUACAAGAUCGGUGGGUAUGUUGAUGUCAAGGUAAAUGGCGCCGUUCAUAAGGGCAUGCCCCACAAGUUCUACCAUGGCCGCACCGGUCGUGUCUGGAACGUCACCAAACGUGCCAUCGGCGUUGAAGUCAACAAGCAGGUCGGUAAUCGGAUUAUAAGGAAGAGGAUUCACGUGCGAGUAGAGCACGUUCAGCCUUCAAGGUGCGUUGAGGAAUUCAAGCUGAGGAAGGUGAAGAAUGAUCAACUCAAGGCAGAGGCUAAAGCAAAGGGCGAGGUCAUUAGCACCAAGAGGCAGCCAAAAGGACCCAAACCUGGUUUCAUGGUAGAGGGUGCUACUUUGGAAACUGUUACUCCCAUACCAUAUGAUGUCGUUAACGAUCUCAAGGGUGGUUACUAGAUCUAGCUGUUGUGCGUUUGUGUGUUUUUUGGCAAACAUAAGUGAACGUGGAUUAGUAAAAAUGGCAGUGGAUAAACAGAUGGCUGCAAGUUGUAAGGUUUUUCACCACAGAAAGUGCAUGAAAUGUCAAAAAGUAUAUUUACCCUUUUAUGAAAAUAGCAUCCUCUGCGGGUAACCCAUUGAAUUCUA